AUGAAUUACAGGAGAGACAAUAAUGAAAUCCAAUUCAAAAUCAUCAACGCGAUUUUGCUCACAGCGAUGAUCUUAUUGUUUGUUGUUUCAAUUCUAGUCCUUGUCAUCUAUCUUUAUAUCAAAUUUGUUGUUAGACGUCAAGCUCGAGCUCAGCAGCAUAUUCAACUUGGUGACAUAACGGGGAACCCGUACUCGGACAAUCCAGUACCACCAAAGUCGGGACUUGAACCAUCAACGAUUGCGUCUCUGCCGAUAUACGUUCAUAAACAAACUGAUGACAACUCGAGCUGUAUCGAAUGUGCAGUUUGCUUGGUUAAUUUAGAAGAGGAAGAAGAAGAAAUAGCUAGAAUUCUACCUAAUUGCAACCAUGUUUUUCAUGCGAAAUGUAUAGAUGUAUGGUUGAUAUCCCAUUCUACAUGCCCCAUAUGUCGAACUGAAGCUGACCCUGGAAGAAGAACCAAUUCUACUGGUGUUGAUGUCCAAGCAGGCCAACCGUCUGCAGUGGUGAUUAUCAGCUAG